AAACACCUAAGGACAGCACAUCAGUAUGGGGAGACAGACACCAUAAUAACAGAACUAUACAUGAACAUAAACACUGGGCCACCGGCCAUGGUAACAUACGGGACCACAGAAAUCGGUGCUUCGUUUACAGACAUUAAAAGGGAACACUACAGCUGCAUCAAUGAGAGAUAUCUGCACCUCCUCAACGAAAACCAGCUUGUGGAUAAUGCAGGUACCUCAGACACUAGUUUAAUAUCCUUUCCUACUUCCUGUUUGUGAAAAACACCCAAAGGCACUUUUAAGAGCCACGGCUGUCUCGUUUCUCUGUCCUCACUGCUGUCGCUGCUCUUAUUUGUCAGUCCUUCUGUUGUCCCUGUCUCUGUUUCUGUCUCUGUUACUUGUGAAUGUUUUUGUGUAUUUGCUUUUUCUGUCGAUCACUAUGAGUGAUUUGAAAAUCCAAGAUCCUUUAAUGAUCCUGGAUAAUGAGACUGAUCAGCAUGAAAUAACUGAUGAGCUUCAACAUCUUGAUGACUUGCUUGAUGAACUGAAGCAAGAGGAAGCUCCAGUACCAGUGAAGACACCUAACCAACAGUGAGGUGGAGAAAGCGAGACAAGGAUGGAAAUGAGCUGUAUUUGAGGCCAAGAUCAACCAGGCACCAGCCACAUAAGGCUGCCCACAGGCAGAAGGACAGUCCUACUGUUAAUAACACUCACUGUGAGGCGGCCUUUGCUCCAGAGACUGUUGAGUGUUUUCUACAAGAACUCCAGAGCUCACUGAGUGAUGCUUCAAGUGAUCAGCAUGAAACACCUCCACCAAGAGCUCCUCUUCUGGCUUCCUUGAACUGGAGCACACGAAAAAGUCUCUUUUCAGAGAGUUGGAGGGCAGAAAGACCCCGUCUGGUGAAUACCAUGGCGGCUCGAGAAAGCGUGUUAGCACACACAUGCCAGCAGUGUGGGAGCAAUCCAGCUGUGCUUCGUUGUCGUGACUGUCUACCACUCCCCUUCUUUUGUGCCACAUGUGAUGUCAUCAUGCACACCAGACAUGUCCUUCACAACAGAGAUGCUAUGACUGCUGGAUUCUUCCAGCCAUUGCCUCCAACGACUUACAUUGUAAAUAAGACUCUUUGCCAUGGUGGUAAGUUUUGGGUUGUGACUAAGCUCGUUAUUUUUACUGCUUAAACAUUCCCCUCACUCUCUUGUUUUUUUUUAAAUAUUUGGGCUGUCGCUCAGCUUCCUUGGCUCUCAGGUACAUUUUUAGCAGUCUACUCUAUGAUGGCUGUUAAGUGUUUUAAUGUUCUCAAGAAAGGCACAUAUCCUAGUUGAUACAACUUGUGUUAAUUCAUAUACAACACAUUUGUUAAUUUCUUCAGCAAGACUUGUACCUGUGGAGAGUCCAGCCAGUAUCUGUGGAUGUCCACCAGAGUCUUUGAGGAUCAAACCAGGAAAGGCUGUUGCUGUGAUCACAAUAAAUGGACGUUGCGAUCUCAGCAUGCCGGAACUGAGGUGUGAGGCAUGCCAAGCUUCUUGGACCUCUGGAGUAGACCAACUAAAUCGAAGUGAUUACUGGCCUGCUACCCUUCACUUUUCUACUGUUUAUGCCACAGAUGUCUUCUUUUCAUUUGAAGAAAUGAAGAUGGCAGCACCAGGACUCUCCUGCCAAGCAUUUUAAAAAAUGCUGGAUCAACGAACUGUCCGUUUUGGUCGUAUGGGGAAGAUCUCAGCGGACAGCUUUCAGAAAAGCUUUUUUGAGUGGGAAGCUGUGAGAUAUGACUUAGAUAACAUUUUAAAGGAGGAUCCCUUCACAUGUCAUGCGUGCACCCCAGAUAUGCUUGCAGUUUCAGUGGAUGGAAAUCGCAAGCAUUACCGUUUCAAGAAUGCAGCUAAAUCUGAGGAGCAGGCCAUCUUCGAAGACAUCUUCAUAGCAAAGGAUGAAGACGUGGCAAGAUUUGUGGACUACAUACACAACACGAGCAGACAUGUCUCUGGAAGAGGUGUUUGUGGAGGGGAGUGGUCAGCAGCCAGAGAGACCUCCCAAAGAUCCAGCAGCAAGAUGGAGGAAAGUAACUGGAGCUUGCAGUGUGUAGGCAUGGAGUGCUGCUCAGUGCUCUAAAUAUGUACAGGGGUGAAAUUUUUGCUUAUCCCUUGUACCUGCAACAAAAGCUGGCCAAUCAGCAAAUCACUUUUUUUGUAUGGAUGUGACCUGCAAGUAUUGGCCGUAUCUUGAAAGAGUAACAAAAAGCUGUCCAGAGCUUCAGCACCUUCUAAACAUGAAGCCAUUUCUUUCCGUAUUUCAUGCCAAAGCUCACGAUUUCAAAUGUGAGGUGAAAUGGAGUGGAGCAUAUCAGGAUGGGGCUGGUUUGACACUAGGGGAGGAGGUAGAGCAGUGCAAUGCUUUUCUCUCAAGGAUUGCAGUUACCACAAAGCAUAUGUCCAAAGCAGGACGGAGAGACAUGCUGACUCUUAUGGCCAUGCGCUGGAAUCGCCAAAAGUUAGAUAACUUGGCCACCUCUCUGACCCACCGAUAUCAGAAGACCACAAAAGCUCUUCAAAGCCAGCUGCAGAACCUGGAGUCCUUAAAAGUCCAGUUGUCAGUGACUGACAGUCAACUGGAUGACUGGGUCAGUGAUGUAAAAGAGUGGGCAGAAGCAACAACAAGCACAGGUGAUGGUGAUGCCUUAGUGAGCAGAAUUGAAGUGCUGGUAGCGAGUAUCAAGAGGCGAUGCCAACGACUAUAUAAAGAAACUGAUGGAAACAAAGCCCGUGCCAAGAUUCGCCGCAAGAUCAGAGAGGAGAAAGGCAUCUUGACUUCUGCUGUGGAAAAGUACAACAGAAUGGUUCCUGACACAGAAACUCUGCAUUUGGAAGAAAUCCUGUCUGGUGACAAAGCUUGGCCGUGGCAGCGACCACACAGUGACUCUGUCAGUCUUCGAACAAAGAGAAGGGCAUUUGAUGUCAUCAUGGCAGUAAAGAGACUUGAGGAGGAAAAGAAGAUUCUUGUUAAAGAGAUGGACCAUCACUGGAAAUCUCUUUCAGCUCAUGAUCAUACUCUGAAAGAGCUGUACUGCCUGCUUUCCAGUGAUACAGUGAAAGGUUUGUCUUGUGGCCUGAGUGAGGAGGGUGUGAACGGUCUACAGAGCAUCAUCCUCAGAAAGCGAGAGAACGUCAAACAAGUCAAGCUGCAUGCGAGAGAGUGUUAUCUGCAAGCUUUGUCUGGAGCAGAGGUCAUCACCUUUGAUCAUGCUUCAUAUGAUGAGUUCAAUAGUGACUCUGAAUUUUCUGAUGACAGUCAGUAAUCAACAUCUGAAAUAUGUUUGUCUUCAAACUUCCAUCCACUUCAAACUUAGUGGGUGUACUGCAGGGGACCCGGGUAGGUAUAGACAUACCUCACCCACAAAUGUACUUUUGGACAUAUUUUUUUCCACCAUAUAUGUUCCUGUUUAUUUAUCUUAAUUGAUCCAGUGGUUACUAGGCC